UGAAGCGUGCUGUUGACAUGCCGGUGGUGAUUGACAGAAGAGCUCGGGGUCGAGAAGUUUCUCAAAACACAUAAUGUUCUUGUUUUCUGACUCAUACUCGGGCUGAUAGAAGUAUUUCCACUAAGCUCCACCUGAACCUGCACGGAAGGCAUGAGCCGUCCCCCGAGCCCCUCUCCCCACAGAUGGUUCAAAGCGCUGCGAAGGACCAGGCUGGGGGAGCCCUGUUUGAAGGCAUACCCUCUGGAAUGUGUGGAUCUCUUGAAAAGGGCGAGAGUCACCUUCCAAGCUGGACGCAGCCUCAAAGAAAGCUAUAGAGUGGCACAGCUGGAGGCCGUGGUGCGGAUGCUGGAGGAACACGAGUGUGACUUCGUGGACGCUCUUGGAAAAGACCUUCAUAAGCCAAGGUUUGAGGCAGUUGUGUCUGAACUUAUUCUCGUCAAGAAUGAGGCCCUGUAUGCCAUCAACAACCUUAAGAAGUGGAUGCUGCCGCAGCAUGUGGAAAGAAACCUGUCCACCACGUUGGACAAGUGUCUGAUGGUCAGUGAGCCGCUUGGGGUUGUGUUUAUCGUGGGGACCUGGUGCAGCCCUGUGGAAACGUGUCUGGUGCCACUGGUAGGGGCCAUCGCAGCAGGAAACUGUGCAAUCAUCAGCCCCUCCGAGUGCACCGCUCACACUGCAGAACUUCUUCAUCGUCUUAUCCCCUCCUACUUGGACAAUGAAUGCUUCCAUGUGAUUCUUGCAGGCACAAAUGACUUGCCUGAAGUAGUGGAACUGAAAUUUGACCAUGUCUUCUUUUCAGGAAACAGGUCGGAAGGAACCAGAAUUGCUCAGGCUGCAGCUCGCACACUUACGCCUGUCACCCUCGUUUUGGGCGGCAAGAACCCCUGUUAUGUAGACCAAGACUGUGACAUUGCCACCACAGCACAGCGCAUCGCCUGGGCACGUUUUCACAAUGCUGGGCAGAGCUUGGUGGCUCCUUUCUACAUCCUGUGCCACACAAAAGUCACAGCACGACUGGUGCAAGCCCUGAAAAGUUGCCUCAUGCAAUUCUACGGGUCUGAUCCAAGAGAGUCACGCAGUUACGGCCGCAUGGUCAAUCUCGAUAUAUUCAACCGUACGAGGGACAUACUGUGGAGAUCUGGCAAGGUGGCUGUCGGUGGGCAGGUGAUAGAAGCAGAAAAAUAUAUUGCCCCAACAAUUUUGACAGAAGUAGCGGAAUCAGAUCCCAUCAUGCAUCAGGACAUUUUUGGCCCAGUUCUUCCUGUUCUGACUGUGAACAAUGUAGAUGAAGCAAUUGCCUUAAUUAAUAAGCAAGAGAAACCCCUCUGUGUGUAUGCGUAUUCCAGCAACAGCCAGGUCAUCUCAAGACUAAUGAGUGAGACCUCUAGUGGAAGCUUUUGCUCAAAUGACAGCGUCCUUCAGAGUCUGAUGGUGGCUCUGCCUUUCGGUGGAGUUGGGGCCAGUGGAAUGGGUUCCUACCACGGCCGCUACAGCUUUGAUACCUUCUCUCACAGAAAAUCCUGCCUGCUGAGAAGCACACGGUUUGAGUGUGUAACCUAUCUGCGUUAUCCUCCCUAUGAGGAUCGCAAUCUGUCUCUCAUGACAUGGGCCAGUACCCUUUCCCAGAAGAGCCAGGGAUGGUGCCAGAUCAUGUAACUGUGUGGGAGGGUGAUAGCAGAGCCAUGAUAGAAGAAAGCCACUCACUCCUUAAGUCCUGAACUGUUCCGACAUGCAAAAGUAGUUGGCUGAGAACAGAAUUUGCUCGGGUAAAGCUACAUCUUGCGGAGAAAGAGCAAAACAUAUAGUGGUUGUUCAAUCUCUGGCUAAAAAUAGUUUUAAAACCUGCUUUAGUAAUUGUACACCAACAAAAUUAAAAGAAAUGUCUGAAAGGUGAAGCCACUGUGAAGUUUAUUACUGCUUAUGUUCCCACAUUGUGAUAGGAAGAAAGUUGCAUCAAGAUAACAAAAAGAUUUUGGACAUUAUUCACCAACCAUCCCCAAUAACAAAAUAGAUCUUUGUCUAUUCCUCAUGUCAGAAUCUGGUUAUUCAGGUCUUUUGUAGACAGUCUCCACAUUGCCUUCUUUCAUGGCUGCAUAUCUGGCCGCAGUGAACAGGUAGUCGCUCAAUCUGAGGGAAAAUGUUGGGAUAUCUAUUAGAUGUGUAAUAGUGACAUAAUUUUCUCAUAUUCAGUUUAAAGCACUGGACUGACCUGUUCAAAAACUUGGCUACAUCUGGAUCCGCCUCGCCUGAUCGCACAAUUGGAGCAACACUAUAACAAGAAACAAAGGUCUGUGAGAACCGUACUGUGCCGGAAAAGCAAGAUAUAGGGGUAACAUACAGGACAAGGAACAUGCUACAACCAACCUGCGUUCAGCUCUCCGACACACUGUCCGAGCCAGGUGCAAUGCUGCGCUGCCCUUCCCUCCAGACUGUGACACAAAAAGCUCAGGUAUCAGUGCAACAGGAAAACUUUUACUCUCUACAGAACUCAGUGUCUUACAGAGGCUCAAAAUGGGCUUACAGGUAAAAUGAAGUUGGUCAGUGGUGGCAGUUCUUCAGUAAAUGUAUCUAUCCAGGUUUCCAGUUCUGAAAUUGGCUGAGCAGUAAAUUUUGUUCGACCUUACAAAAACAGAACAUAAAUCAAUAGAUGAAAUCUUUACAGCACGACACAUUUUACAGCAUUACAAAAGCCAGCGAUUGCAUACUUAUGUGACUUUCUCUUGCAGAUGAUUGAGGAGUGGCGAUAUUGGAGCCCACGUCUUGUAAAAUGCACUGUAUCUGCAAUAGAAUUAAGUACAACUCUCAGAAAAUAUUAUAUACAGUUGUUAAAACAAUGUCUGCAAUGAAAAAAGUUAUUAAAUGCAAUAUGCUAAUCAAACCUUGUCCAGCUGAUAUGUGAAGGUGUGACCUUUGUCAAGGCAAAAUUCCCGAGCCAAGCUGUAAUGUAAAAUGAAGAUAACAUGGUAAGUCAGUGAGGCAGAUCAUAGAAAGAGUGAAAUGUGACUGGAUAGUAGAAACUACCCUAUAGCUGAUGACAGCUCAUCUGUAUUUCCCAAGGCUUCGAAAAUAUGAUCUUCCUUUGGCCGCCUUUCUCCUGUAAAUGUGCUUGAGAAACCUUUUAGGAGGCACACAAAGAGUACAAUAAAGAAUGGAUUAGAUUUUUAAAUCUACUUAUUAUCAGAGUGGUGUCACGUGUUUUGAUUCCUAGUUAAUCACCUUUGUCUCCAGUUUUGGUGUAUAUUUUGGGUACCCUGGAGUCUU